UAUUCGAUUUUGCACCAAGCGACUCUCAUAGGGUUUUAUUAUGUUCACUGGAUUUUCUAAUUUCUUUAUCUGAAGAAUAUAUACGAUGGCCUGAAACUGCAGCAGAUAAAAUAGAAGUUAGUCGAAAAUUUUCUGAUCUCCAAAACAUAACUCAAAUAAUAGGUGCAAUAGACGGAUGUCAUGUUCGUAUCAGAAGACCAGUACAUCAUCAAGAAGAUUAUUAUAAUCGGAAACGAUAUCACAGCAUUAUUUUGCAAGCAGUUGCAAACAGUGAUAAGGUCUUUACAGACGUAUACAUUGGUGAACCUGGAUCCAUGCACGACGCACGAGUAUUCCGACGAUCUCCUUUAUAUGAAAAAGCUCUCACAGAUCCAAACUUCUUUGGAACAUACUUCUUACUUGGAGACACUGCUUACCCAAGUACACCAUGGAUGAUAACUCCUUUCCGAGAUAAUGGACAUCUCACACCUGGACAACGUCAAUUUAAUUAUCGACACUCAUCAACUCGCAUCGUAAUAGAACAGGCUUUUGGUCUUCUAAGAGCAAGAUUUCGACGAUUAAUUCGCUUCGAUAAUUUGAGAGUUGAUAUUAUCGUAAAAUGUGUUAUGGCCUCAUGUAUUUUACAUAAUAUAUGUAUAUUACAUGAUGAUCCAAUAGAAGAUGAUACAUCAGAUAGUGAAAUAAGUGAUGAAAGUAAUGGAGGAAGUAGUGAAUCCAGUGAAACAAGCAGUGAAAGCCACGAAAGAAUGUAAUAAGCAGUGGAAGCAGUAGCAGUCAGUGUUGUAGUAGCAAAUGUAGGAUAUUUCAUUAACAAUAAUCUAAUCAGAAUGAAAGACUGUUUAUAUUUUACCUGUUGUAGAUUAGCUUCUUAUUCAUGGGUACUAUGAUAAAAUUUUUGUAUCAGGUGCUUGACAAAAUGUUAAAAUGUAAUAUGCUCAGGUGUACAAAUGAUAAUAUUCACAUUUAAUAAUAUGUUUAUAAACUUUUAUUUGUUAUACGAGAUGCCAUUAUAUCUACAUCAUUAUUUUAACAAAUACUUGUAAAGUUUAAUAUAUUAAACUUCCAAUA